AUGACAUGGAACAAGGCAGCUGAUCACUUGAUAGUAGUUUUGAAUACAGGGUUUGUCCACUUUUACAACUAUUGCGGUGCAACGGCAGCGCCGUCUUUGCCGAUGGAAAUACCGGUUGUCUGUACAUCGUGCGACAAUGGGUUUGUUGCGCUGGUUGACACCGCAACUGAAGCGAAGCUUGUACUUCUGCACCUUGGACCACAAAAAGAGUACACCGUGCGCGAGCUCUCUUUGCCGCAGAGCAUUCGCCAGUUCAUGACGACCAUCGCGCUCGUCGCCCUCGACGAAAGGGCUGACAAAAGACAGACAGCAGAGGUCUUCCUUUCCUAUUCACCCUGGUCCUCGAACUCAUUCAUUUGCCGGUGCAUUUUCGGAGCCUCAAACUCGUCUUUCUCAGAGCUCGAUGUGCCAGUCGAGGGAGGGCGCGUUCUGGAGAUGUGCCGCUCGCCCACCGGCCGGGGCGUCGCGUUUAUGAUGCUAGAUGGGUCGGUAUACUCGACGAAUAGUGGAUUCUCUGAGGUUUCUCUGCUUAGGCGUACUGACGCGACUCCGGAAAGUUUUGUGCAAAUGACGUGGUGUGGAAGCCAUUGUGUUGCAUAUCUACAACGAAUGCAGUACGGCGGCGCGUCGGGUGAGGGUGAUGGCGAGGACUACUCCUGCUCGCUAUUCUUGAUGAACGUCGACGAGCCUGACAACAGUGACUGCAUCUCUGACUUACCAUUUGAUUGUUGUCUUCUUCCCGAGAAGGACGGUGCUUGGGUGCUUUCUAGAGAGUCGCUAUAUUUCCUGCAGAUCGCCCCGCUUGCCGUCCAGCACGUCUUUUCUGUUGGCUCACGGGCCGCUGGGGCGAUGCUUGUCGCAACUUACGACGAGUUCAUGACCGGAGAUGCGUCUGCAGUGCGAAUGCUACGGAAUCUUGAGCACACCUCAGGCGCGCUGGUGGAAGCGGUCGCUGAGUGCGUUGCUGCAGCGGGCUUCGAGUUUGCCGCGGCGCAACAGAAGCGGCUGUUGAGAAUCGCCGCAUUUGGCCGAACCUUUUGUUCCCUCUGUGAUUCAAGCUCAUUCAUGGCCAUGUCGAAGCGACUGCGUGUGCGCAAUCACCUUCGUCUCGAGCCGCUCGGGAUGAUAGUGACUGACCAGCAGCUCACUGACCUCGGCGAGGUGCGCCUUCUACAGCGUCUUACUAUGUGCAGCGAGCAUCAGGUGGCCUUUUGUGUGGCAGAGGUUCUUGGGUCAGAUGUGAAGCCGGUGAUGCUGGACUGGGCGAUGUGCAGACUGGCGCGUGUCUCAGUUCACAGGAAGGAUGAAGAGGUGGAGGUCGCGAAGCAAAUAGUCAAGAAGCUGAAGGCGUGUAGAUUCACUGCAUUCGCAGAGUUGGCACAGCAGGCUAAGGUCACCGGCCACGGCACCGCCGCAAUGGUACUGCUGGAUGCAGAAGUGAAUCCGUUUCAUCAAGUGCCGAUGCUGCUUAGCAUAGGCGAGCCCGACAUGGCCUUGAAGCGCGCCAUUCAAGCUGCUGAUGCGGACCUGGUGUUCACGGUCAUGGUUCACAUGAUCCGCAGUCGCGGCUCCGCUGGGCUUGCCACCUUGACAUCGCACGAAAUUUCGUGCAAUCUGCUGCUGCAAUACGUGGGGGUGUGCGAAGGCAAUCAGCAGCUCAUGGCUGAGUACUUCAACAAGCACCCACGGGUUCAGGCCUACUUCCAUCUGCGCAGCUACUUUCACGAGGAAACACGACUGGGACACGCGCUGUCGCAGUCGAUGGAAAGCGGAAAUUGGGAAAUGCUACAAGAGUGCAAAGGCGUGGAUAUCCAGGCUGCUAUUGUCUCGACCAAGAAGGCUGUAGAGCAGAGGCCACGCCCGCAGCCGACCACCACGCCCUUUUCUCCGAUCGGCGGUAGCGGGAUUCCGUUCCCAGCUUCCAUGGUCGAGGAGCGCUUUUUGCAGCUUCAGAGCAGCCUCCUCGAUGAGCAGACUCAGCUUAUGAACGAGUACAAAGACUACCGCUUCCUGCAGGCCAGCGCCGCCGACACGAUCCGCUACACCCUCGAGCAUGGACGCACUUCUGUCGCGCAGCGGCUGAAGAAUGAGUUUUGUGUACCAGAGAAGAUGUUCCAGCGUUGCAUGCUCGGUGCGUACUUGUGCACUAGUCAGUGGGACCUCAUUGACGAUAUGAGCGGCAUCUCGUCCAACAAGAAGACGGUGCUGGACGGUGAGGCUUAUGUCACCGCCUUACUCUCCUACAAGCGUCCGCAGCAGGCAAAGCAGUAUAUUUCGCGCAUUCCAAAGAUUGAGACGCGGAUGGAAUACUACGUGCUCUGCAGCGACUGGUUCGGUGCCGGUGCCGACUGCAAGCGGAACAACGACCCCGAUUUGCUAACGCAGCUGAAGGACCGGGCCAAGGGGAAUCCAGAUGUACUGCGCCAGAUCGAAGAGGGCUGGAGCACACUGCCCCAAAGGUCAGGCAUCAGCUUUCCCAAGUUCUUUUAG